AUGGCCUUACUGCGCAGCCACUUGGCAGCCGCCGCAGCAGCAGCAGCAGCAACAGCAGCAGCAGCAACAACAGCAGCAGCAGCAACAACAACAGCAGCAGCAGCAGCGGCAGGAACAGCGAGAAAAGCGACAAAAUGCAUCUUGAACGGCGUUCCCUUCCUGUUUCUUCUGCUGCUGCUGCUCUUGAAUUCACUGCAGCGGGAGAAACAGCAUCAGCCGCAGCCGAUGCUGCUGCUGCUGCUGCUGCUUCUGCCGGUCGUGCUCCUGCAGAAGCAGCAGCAGCAGCAGCAGCAGCAGUCCUUGGCGCGGGAGAAGAAUUUGCCAAAGAAUCUGCAGUAUCACCUGACGCAGAUUGUUGUGCUGCUUCUAGAGGCUGCUCUCUGUUGGGCAGCAGCAGCAGCAGCAGCAGCAGCAGCAGCAACACCAGCAGCAGCACUGGCUGCCCCCAUUCGUCCGCAGCCAAAUCUCAGGGGGCUCCCAAGCAGAGGGGCCCCUGGGAGCCUCUGCUGCCCGUUGUUCAUCCCUGAGGCCCCUCGUGCUGCACUGCAGCAGCAGCAGCAGCAGCAACUGCAGCGGCAGCAUGUCCUUCCCUUAAAUCGUGUAGCUAGGAGGGACCCUUACGGGGUUUGCUCCCUUUCAAGCCGCAGCAGCAGCUACAGACCGAAUCCACUGAGCAGCAGCAGCAGCAAUAGCAACAGCAGCGGCAGCAACAACAGUAGCGGCGGCGGCAGCAGCAGCAGCAGCAGCGGCAGCAGCAACAGCAGCAGCAGCGUCGGUGUACAGACACUGCAAGAGGCCUGCCUUCUGCUUGAAGAAGAGCUGAGGGCUCACGUGGGGAAGGCCGGUGUAGACACUGAAGCGCUCAAGUUUCAAGUGACCCCCACCAGCCCCGCAGUUGAAGGCUAUGAGCUUCAGGCUAACGUGGCUACUGCUAUCGUGCUGCAGCAGCAGCAGCAGCAGCAAGAAGAGCAGCAGCAGCAGCAGCGGAAGAAAAUUCUGCAGCAUCAGACACUCAAAGACACAGGGGAGCCCGCAGCAGUUGUGGCGAGCACAGCAGCAGCAGCAGCAGCAGCAGCAGCAGCAAGCGAAGCAACAACAGCAUCGAAAGCAAAAAGAGUAGCAGCAGCACCAGCAGCAGCAGCACCAACAGCAACGGCUGCGCCAGCAGCAGCAGCAGCAGCACUGGCUGAUGGUGCUGCAUUUGCUGCUUCUCUGUGGAGAGGCAGCGCCGCCCUCAGGGAAAUUUGCUCGGCAGCAGACUACACUGGAAGAGGGUUUAUAAGUUUCCGGCUGAGGGAUGAAUUGCUGCUGCGCCUGCUGCAGCAGAUGACAGCAGACCCGGACCGCCUAGGCGUGAAACCAUCCUUGGGGCUUUGUUGCAUGCGUUUGCACUUGGACUAUUUCUCGCCGAAUUUGGCAAAAGACCUUCACGUGGGGCACCUCAGAGGGGCGCUGGUCGGCGACUGCCUAGCGAGGCUGCUGGAAUUUCUCGGCUUGAGAGUCCGCCGCAGCUGCUACUUCGGAGACUGCGGCAUUCCCGUUGCUGUUUGUCUUGGGGGCCUUCAAGUGUACAGGCAGCUGCAGCAACUCAGCAGCAGCAGCAGCAGCAGCAGCAAAAAAGGAGCCGGAAGCCCGAAGUCGCCUGCUGCAAUGGUGGAAGCAGCAGCAGCAGCUGUUGUUGCCGCUACCCCGGCCGAGUGGAGACCGGCGCCCCUAACGAGGCGAGCAGCACCAAGCGCUGCAGCAGAUGCAGCGGCACCAGCAGCAGCAGCAGACCUAGGAAGUUUAACCGAUGCGGCUGCAGAAGCCUUCCUUUCCCAUAUGGCCGCUUUUGACAGGGCGCUGAAGCAACAGCAGCAGCAACAGCAGCAGCGAAACAGAAGCGCAGCUGCAGCAGCAGCUGCAGCAGCAGAUGCAGCAGCAGCAACAGAUGCUGUUCUUGACUGGCAGGAACUGGCUAAGGAAAAAGCGGCAGGAGACCAAGUGGACCUUACCGCGGCUUACGUGCGCUGCAGGGAAAUCUACUGCAGCAGCAGCGCCUUUGCUGCCGCUUGCCUGGCGUCGCUGGCUGCAGCAGUCUUUGGCUCGCCAGCAGCAGCAAAAACAUUAAAGACAAUUCACCAAUUUUCAGUUCGGCGCUUUGCGCAGCAACUGCGCCUCCUGCGUUUGUCUCCUCAAGCAGCAGAAGGCGAGCUGCAGCAGCUGCCGCGCAUGCAGCAUCUUAUUGACUUACUAGCAGCACGGGGUCUGUUGCAGCCAGGUGACAGCAGCAGCAGCAGCAGCAGCAUAGGCAGCAGCAAUAGCAGCAGCAGCAGCAGCAGUAGUACGAGCCCCCUAAAUGCCCGACUUCCUCAGCUGCAGACAGUUGCUAGCCGCACAUGCCUGUCAGUGCAGCAGCGACAACAACUGAAGCCACAGCAGCAGCAGCAGAAGCCACAGCAGCAGCAGCCACAGCAGCAGCAGCCACAGCAGAAGCAGCCACAGGAGCAGGGGCGGCAGCCGCAGCAGCAUCAGCAGCAGCAAGAAAACGCCACAGUUGCUCUUCGACGCCAAGGGGGGACGUACACGUACAUCGCUACUGACCUCGCCACCCUGAAAUCUCGAGUGGACAGCGGAGCCGACUGGGUGCUGCUGAUAACGGACGAGCAGCAGGCUUCUCAUUUUGGGAGAUUGUUUCUUUUGGGAAGAGAAAUAAUAAAUGACAAAACCCUUGUGAUUGUAGCGCAGCAGACAAACCCCCUUAUGCAGUGCAUGCAGCAGCAGCAGCAGCAGCAGCAGCAGCAGCAGCAACAGCAACAGCGGCAGCAGAAAGAGCAGCAGCAGCAGCAGCAACAGCGAGAGCAAGAGCAGCAUCUGCAUGGGCAGCAGCUGCAGCAGCUGCGUCAAGAACAGCAGGAUAAGCAGCAGCAGCAGCAGCAGCAGCGGCGUGAGGUGUACGUGCAGCACUUGGGUGUGGGGCUUGUGAAGAGCCCCAGCGGCAGCAAACUUGCAUCAAGAGCAGCAGCAGAAGGUCUGCAGCAGUUUAUGGCAGCAGCACUUGAGGCUACAGAGUGCGAGUUGAAGCGAAGACGCCCAGAUCUCUUUGGGGCCGAACUUAAAGAAAAAGCUGAACUUAUCAAGGGCCUCAGACAAACUGCUGCGCUGCCAGGGGGCCCCCAGGGGGCCCCCAACCCAGGCAACAGGGGCCCCCAGAGGGCUCCCAACCCAGGCAGCAGGGGGCCCCAGGGGGCCCCCCUGCUGCCGGAGUUGGGCCGGCGGUUGGCGGCGAAGGCUGCGAGUUUUGGGGUGUACGUACACCGCAGCGCAGCGUCGCUCGACCCCUCAGUGCUCGUUUCUUAUUUGCUGGACCUCGCCCGCACUUUUAAUCGUUUUUAUGAGACUUCUCACAUCACUUGCCGCCGCCGCAGCAGCGGCAGCAGCAGCUGCAGCAGCAGCAACAACAGCGCACCCGCGAAGCAACGCCAGCAGCAGCAGCAGCAGGAGCAGCAGCAACAGCUACAGCAGCAGCAGCAACAACAACAGCAGCAGCACCUGCAGCGGGAAGAGGGCUUCCUGCGCAAGGCAGGGCCAUCAGACAGGGGAGUGCAGCCUGCUGCUGGCGAGGUGUACGUACACCCGGAGCGGCUGCUGCUGUGCCGCGCAGUGCAGCAGAUUUUUGAGAAAAGUUUUGAACUGCUGGGGAUAGAAGGUCCCCAAGACAUUUAG